AUGGCGCGGGAGGACGGGGGCGUUGCCCGUCCGAUGCGCUGGCCUGGCGAGCGCAAGGCAGCGCGCGAUUGGGCUCGCCUCUCCGCGGACAGGGCCGUAGUCAAGCUCUCUGGCGAGCUGGCCCGCACCAAGGCCGAGCUGGAAGCAGCUGUGGGGGCGCUGGACGGGCUGCUGGACGGCGCAAAGGUGGCGGUGCGCAUUCGCGCCGUUCUCCCGGCGCCGACGGCGAUGCUCGAGGGGCGCUCUCCCCGGUGGCUGGCGAGGCUGCGCAGGAACGUGGCGCUUCACUCUGAUGCGCCAGGUGUCGCCAUCGACACGGCGGACGCGCCAACCCUUCGGCAGUCUCAGCACGGACCUAGGCUCGAGGCCAGGGGCAGCGUGCGGAGCCAGGGGGGUGUGGACGCGUGCUCGGGCGCCGUCGGCGGCGUCGGCGCUGUGCAGGACUUCGUAGUGCAGGCCAUGGUGAAGGCCCCCUGCAGUUUCGCGGAGCAGUUGCAGCAGCAG